AUGUGGAACGACGGUUACCAUCAUCACAGCUGCAACAGAAACGGUAUCUGUUCGUUUUACAGAAGGAGGCACGUCUACAGGGACUUUCAGUCGAAAAUGAAAUCCGUUGAACAGGGCACGCCGUUACCUAUAAUGCAGAACGGACGUCUAAACGUGUCGACAGCCGACUUAAACCACGUGCGACCCGCUGCCAUGUUGUCCACGUGUGACGACCGCCAUCGUGGGGCCACCACCAACGCCGCAACCACUAGCGGCCGUGCACAACAAACCGAUCUCAGCCGCCUGGCCGUCCUGAGCUACGAACAGGUGGCCCGACUGAACGACGUGAUGGACGAGACAGUCAGCAUCCACGGCCGCGGAAAUUUCCCCACGCUUGAGGUGCGUCUCCGCGACCUAGUGGCGAUGGUGCGCGACCGGCUACGUGCCCAAGCCGGACCAGAAGACGACGAUGUUGCGUUCCCGGCCGAAAGGUCCGCAGCUCCGUCACCGGAUGCCGACGACACGUGCUUCCAGGUGCGGAGCAUCAGACUUAACGGCGGGGCGGCCUCGCACGUGCUGACCACAGACACUCAGCCCUAUAACGACCUGGACCUGAUAUUCAACAUCAGCCUGUCAGGGAACCGGGACUUCGACCGCGUCAAGUCGGCCGUGCUCCGAGCCCUGGUCGACUUACUGCCGGAGGGUGUCAGCCGCAAGCGGAUGACGCCGUGCAGCAUCAAGGAGGCAUACGUGAGCAAAAUGGUCAAGGUAAACAAGGACGGCGACCGGUGGUCGCUGAUAUCGCUUGGCACGUUACCGGGUCAGCGGAAUGUCGAGCUCAAGUUCGUCGAUCGCAUGAAGAGGCCGUUCGAGUUCAGCGUAGAUUCGUUCCAGAUCGUGCUCGACUCUCUGCUGCUGUUCUACGAGUGUUCCAGCGGCGUGCCGAUCAGCGAAAGCUUUUACCCGACCGUGGUCGGCGAGUCUGUGUACGGUGACUUCCGGGAUGCCAUGUACCACCUGGAGAACAAGCUGAUCGUCACCAGGAACCCGGAGGAGAUCCGGGGCGGUGGGCUACUCAAGUACUGCAACCUGUUGUUGCGCAACUACGCACCCGAUUACGAUGGUGACGGAACUAAGAAGCUGGAACGGUACAUGUGCUCCAGGUUCUUCAUCGACUUCUCCGACAUACACCAGCAGCGUGCCAAGCUGGAGAACUAUUUGAAAAAUCACUUUUGCGCGCCUCAAGAGGAAUACAUGAAGCUUCAGUACCUCAACGUGCUGAAACAGGUGGUCGAGGAGAGCACCGUGUGCCUGAUGAUACACGAGAGGCAUCAGACGCUAGUCGUUGAUCGCCGAAUUGUCGUGGCGGCUGAUGGCCGGUCAAGGCAUGUACUACUAUUACCAUCCACAGCCGCAGCUGACCAUGUCCAUCGGGCACCAUAG